AUUAACACGUUCGUGAACCUAAAGAAAGAGCACAAGUGAGUUCAUUGGCAAGAAGAUAUGGUUCCUUUCUUCCGGAACGUUUGUCUCUCCAAAAAACCCUACACCGGUGCUGGUCCUAAGAUAUUUUAGGUCUAAUAGGAAAUUAAAAAUAUAAACUCUAAAAAAUUAAAAUUUGAUAAAAAUUAAUUUUACGAUUAAAAAUUAAAAAUUCUUCAAAAGUAUACAUAGCUACCAGAUUUAAAAGUUAUUUUCUUUUUCUUUUUAUGUAAAUAAGAAACUAAACUUCAAAAAUUAUUUUGUUAAAUGUUUGAAAUAUAUUUUAGAUCCAACUUUUAUAUUUUUCUACUAACAACAAUAACAAAAUUAAGCCUUAAAAGCUUUAAAAAUUAUGGGCCGCAUACCCAUGUUUUUUAGUUAUAGGCUCAGGACCGGCCUGCCACCACUAGAUGCUAUAUGGAGUUGUCCAAGAUGACAAAACAGCUUGCUAAAGUUGAUCCUUUGAGAAAUUGGCUGAUGCAAUGAUCGCUUGGACUGAGGCGUGGGAGGAGCUUAACCCUUCAGUUGGUGGAAAAGAUGUCACGGCCAAGUGAUGAAAAAUUGACGAUUAUAAGUGAUGCCUGUUAUUGCUGCAUGAAUAAGGUUUGUUAUUGUUGUGAUCUUCUAUUUAUAUAUCUCAUUCUGGAAGUGUGCUUCGUACAAUAACGUAAUACUGUGUGUUAUUGUUGACGUUAACUUUGCUCGACAUGUAUUUAAGCCUUAUUGGUGAAAUGAUGUGUGCUACUUUAAAUUACAUGGAUGAAAUGAUUGUUUUAACAGGAAAGUACCAGAGGACUUGAUACCAUCCUAUAUCCAAGUAAUCGCUUGUCCGGGACGUCGAAAUACUCGUUUAUGUUGGCCUCCGACAAGCUUCUAAGCCUUGAUUAUUUCAUUGAUAAUGAUAUAAAUGUUGUAAUUUACAAAAUUAUGCUUAGAGAUUUUUUAGAAUAUUACUUGUGAUCAGUUUUAAAACUAAAUUAGGUUUGAUUAAGAAAAUUAAGAGAAAACAUUAAUUUUGUGACUGAGAGCAUCUCUAACCCCACUCUAUUUUUCACUCUAAAAUAGAGUUUAGAGUAAAUAAUGCUCCAAUGGUACUCUAUUUCUCACUCUCACUCUAUAAUAGAGUAAUAAAUAGGUUUACUCCAAAUAUAGAGUAAUUUGUUUUUUAUUGUUCAUCACUUUAUUUUCUACUCUAAAAUAGAGUACCAUUGGAUCAAACUCAAACUCUAUUAUAGAGUUACUCUAUUUUAUAGUAAAAAAUAGAGUAAACCAUUGGAGAUGAUCUGAGAUGGAAGACUUCAUGUGAUCCAAUGGUCAAGAAUCAACCACUUAAGGAGGCAUGUGUCUUUAACUAAAGAGUUUUGUUUGUUUGUCAGGUUUAGGUGGCACUAAAUUGGUGGAUAUUUGCCUCAUCAUGCAUGACAUCCUUAGAGCAUGAUUAGUGAAGGAGAUCCAUUUGGGAUUCUUAAACUACGAUUUGACAUUUUUCUGCUAAAAAAUAUUUUUUAUUAAUUUUUUUUAAAAUAUUUCUUAGUUAAAAACUAAAAGAUAUAUCUUUUUGCUUGUAGCCUCAAAAUAAUCUCGGAGAAAACAUAGCUAUUUUCGAAUUAAUGACAUAUCGUGAAAUACAAAACGUGCCUAACCAUUUCAAAUUCAUUAUUAAGAAAACCACGAAAUAUUUACUAAAAGUGUGACAAAAGCAGACAUGAUUUUGGUCACGAAAUAUUCCUAUAGCAAUUAGGUUAGUCAUAUUCAUAUAGCUUCUAAGAAAUAUGGCACAAUUGUGAUUAAAAUGAAUUCAUGGCAACUAUGAGUGUUACUGGCCAUAGAAAAUGCUUUGACAUUUUUUUUUGGCUAACUAAAAUGCUUUGAGUUCUAAAUACUGAAUAUGGCAACUCACAAAGAUCAUUUUUCACUUCUAUUUAUGAACAAAUGCUUGAGACAUUAUCUAACCACCCUUACUAUUAUUUUUCAAGUGGUUAUUCAAGUUUCUUUCAAAUUCUCAUCCUUCUAGAUGACAACAAUAAGAAGAUGAUAUUCAUUUGUCCUUAUAGCACUUAUACUUACCGUAGAAUAUGAUUUGGCUUGUGAAAUGCACCAACAUACGAUGUUUAUUUUUACUUAUCCGAUUGAAGAUAUAAUGGAAGUUUUCAAGGAAGAUAUUUUCGUCUAUAAGAACAACUUUUAUGUCUAUUUAUCAAAUUUAUGCAGGAUGUUCCAACGCUGUGAAAAAAAACAUUUUCUGCUAAAUCGGAGGAAAUGCACUUUCACGGUGAGAGAUAGAAUCGUGCUGAGACAUCAGACUUCAAAAAAUGACUGAGGUGAACAAGACAAAAAUCAAGGUUAUGAGAACUCUAUGACCAACGAGUUCUAUUAUAGCCGACGAAUUUUAUUAAAGAGAUUUAGAGGUUUUUUGGGACAUGGUUUCUUUCAUCAAGGAUUUCUUUAAGAUCGCAAGACCUUUCACCCAGCUGUUGUGCAAGAAUUGUUUUUCUGAAUUUAAGAGUACUUUUUUUUAUAAAUGCAAGUUAUAUGUAUUUAUUUUUUAAAAUAAAUUUUACAACAUUAAUGGUUGUUUUCCUAAAUUUGAUAAAUAUAUUAUACAUAUUUAGAAAUAUAUAACUUCAUAAAUUCUAGAAAAUGUUAUAUAUUCAAUAUUAUUUUUCUAAAAAAUAUUGGUCAAAUUCAAGAAGAUUUUAUACACAUUCAUGAAGAUUUUUCCUAGAAAAUGUUAUACAUAUUCAAAAAUAUUUUACUAAAUAUACAUCUAAUUCAAAUUUAUUAAAUUAUUCUUAUAUAUUCAUGAAAAUUUUCUUACACACAUUUGAGAAUGUUUUAUAAAUACAUAUUUGAGUUUACCUAAAUUUUAUGAAGAUAUUAUAUAUAUGUAUUAAUAUAUUUUUCAGUAAUACUUUUAUAAAUAUGCAUAUAACUCAAAUUCAGGAUAUCAUAUAUAUUUAGGAAUGUCUUCCUAAGCUUUUUAAUAAAAAAGAUUUUUCAAAAAAAAAAAAAAAAAAAUCAUUUUUUUAAAUAUCAUCUUUGAGAAAAUUCAUUUAAAUAUUUAUUUAUUUUAUAUAUCUAAAAAAUAUUGUCAUUUACCUCAUUAAUGAAUGCUAACUUGGUCAUUUUACCGUUAUAGGAUCUUUUUUUUUUGGUAGGACCGUCAUAGGAUCAUUUGAGAUUUGUAUUUAAGACCAUUUGAAACCAUUUUUCAAACUAAAAUAUAUUAUACAUAUUUUAUAUUAUGCAACAUAAAUAUUUUAAUAAACUUUCUAUUUUUUUUUUCGUAUGACACGAGUCAUUACUUAAUUAUAUAUUAUAAAUUAGGUAUUAGAAUACCACAUAAAUUUGGUUGCGGGGCGCACAUUUAGUACCGGAUAUUCCUUUUUCUCAAAAGUAUUUAAUAAUACCAAACAUAGCAAGUUGCUUUAAACAUAGCAAGUCGCAAGUAGAAAAUUUCCUUUUUACAAACAUCAGCGGUAGUUAGCCAGUGACGGACGGGUGUGUCGAACAAUAUACAAAAAAAACCCGGAACAUUAGAAUACAAAUUUGAUAAAAACAAACUUCCAAACAAAGUUUAUCAAUGAUCUAUCGAAUAUCACAAUUCACAGCAAAAUGAUAUCCUAACCUCUUUGAAAUGUAUUUGUUUGUAACUUGUCAUUCUAUUAUCCAUUAAGACAAUGAUUUUUGGUUUUUGGAAUAAUUCCGCUUUUCAUGUUUUAAGUAUAUUUUAUAUCAGUGAUUUGUGAUAUAUAAAAAUGUCUAUCUGUGAUAGAAAUAUUUAAUAAUUUAUAAUAGUUACAUUUGUUAACAAUUGUUAAGAGUUUCCAUUAAGUAAAUUUAUUGUCUUAUAGUGAUCAUUUUUGGCUCAACAAACUAAUUAAUUUUAAAACAGAACUACAAAAUAAAAAUUAUUGCAUAGAUAUUAAUUACAUGCGCCGAAUAGUAAGGUGGAUACAACUUGAAAAUAAUUAGACCCAAAAAAAAACUUUAAAAGAAAAAAAAUGGUGGAUACAACUUUUGUGGAUACAACAAACAAAGUUCGCAUAUGCUUUUUACAAAUGUUCGUCAAUUCAUAUGAAUUUAAACAAGUCAACACGCUCACGUUAUCACCUUCUCCUUCGGUAGUGUCUUUCUAGGGUAGCUGUAAUAUGAGGAAGGUUUUUCACAGCAGUAAUUUUUUCUGUCAACGGAUAAAGUAACAAAUAGAAAAAAAUUAAUUAUUUGACAGAUGUUGACUUUUUGGUAUUUAUAGAUGAACUUGUGGAAAAUGUGGAAAGCAUAAACCUUUUUAGUGCCUCUCCCUUAUUACAAAAUAAUAACUAUAGGUAUAUAUAUAUAUAUAUAUAUAUAUUUUUUUUUUUUUUUUAACUAUAGGUAUAUGAUUCCAUAUUAAAUUGGACUAGAACCAACCUCGAACAUUGACGGCAAAAAAUUUAAAUUUUUUUAACACUGAUAAUCGAUUAUAUCAUUAUAUAAUAUCUUUUUAUGUUUCAUAUGAUAAUUACAACAUAUGUAAUUAUGAUGAGAAUUUCAAAGACAAAGAUUUCACAAUAUAGUUUACCCUGUAACAUUCGAAUUGAUUGGCGGUUCUACGUGUACUACAUAUGACCAUAACAAAUGAUUCUGUAUUCAGCACUGAAAUUUCCGAUAAUCUUGUGUUCUAUAACUGUAAGAAAUUAUUUUUCUGAAAUCGAACCCCAAACAUGGUAUAGAAACCUUUAAACUUUGACAAAUGAAUUACAAUGCUUUCACAAUUUUUUUUUAUCAUCUACCAAAAAGAAAAAGAGAAUAUAAGAAGUGUUGGACCAUAGUUACACAGAUUCUAAGGAAAAUAAAGUAUAUUGGGGGUGAUUGGUUGGGAUGUAGGAAGUGACUUUAACUUUAAUUUUCAUCUACAACCUUAAAUAUUACCAAUCAUGCUUUAUCUUGGUUUUUAAAGAUACAACCAAAAAAUUAAAGCUACAGUAAAAACACUCAAAAAAUGGUUGUAAACAUCUUAUUUUUUAAAGCCCCAUUUUUUUAGUUGUAGGAAAUUUUAAACUUACAUCACUUAAAACUUAAUCAAAAAUCCUACAGACAAAAUGCUAAAGUAAUUUUUUUAUAGUUACAACCCAACCAAUCACCCCCAUAAUCUUUUUAAUAAAGUCUAUACUUAUCUAUCAAAAAUUGUCUUUGGAUACUUUUAGAAUCAUCAAAAACCAUUUAAAUACCCAUUGAAAUGCUUAAAUAUUUUAAAAAGCCCAGGAGAACAGAUGACGUGUGUUAUGUAGUUGUUAGAUAUUGAAAAUAAUAGGUAUGCACGAAAGGAAAAUCAGGUGGUAUCCAUCUUAGAAAGGCGACUAAACCCUUUCCGUUGACAAAACUGAAUAAAACAAACAUACCAGAUCACCAAUAACCUUGAAUAUAUAUCUUUUUUUUUAUCAAGGACUAUAUUAUAAAAAAAAACUCAAUUAUUAGACCAUGAGUUCGUAUAUGGUGAAGUAAGGGUUAUAUUGAAAAGUUAAGCCCGCCCUCUUCUGAUUGUCAUUGACUUCAAAGUAAACCUAUAUCUCUUCUUUUCCAGUCAAGAUUCUCUAUAUAUAAAAGAGAUUCAAGAAACAUAUAACUACAGAAAGAAAAAAAACAAAGAAACAAAUGGAGACAUGGAGAAAAAUGAAAUCUUUUGGGCAUAAGAGCUCUUCAAGCACGGCUUCGAUCACCAAGAGCAAGUCUUGGAAUGGCUCUGCUCAUCUCGAGAAUGCUAAUAACAAGGAAUCAACAGGAAAGAUCAAGAAAAAAUCGCCGCCGCCGCCGCCACACGGGUGUUUCACAGUUUACGUGGGUCCCACGAAAGAGAGAGUCGUGGUGAAAACGAAACUGUUGAACCAUCCUUUGUUCAAGAACUUGUUAGAAGAAGCAGAGGCUGAAUAUGGAUAUAGACGUGAUGGGCCUAUUGUUCUUCCUUGCGAGGUUGACUUCUUCUACAAGGUUUUGGCUAAUAUGAAGUUUAAUGGUGAUGAGUACGAUGAAGAAGAUGAUGAUGAUGAUUGUAUGAUUAACCCUCCGAUUUGCGGUUUGGGUAGUCCCUAUAGAUGUGCUGGUCUCGAGUCCAUGGGCGUGAGACGUAGCGGCUCGUACAAGCUUCUUCGAUCUUCAUCUUUGUUCAAAUUAAGUAGGUUUUGAUUUUUUUUUUGGUUUUUUUGAAAAUGAUAUAUAGGUUUUGAUUUUCUUUUUCCCUUUUCCAUAAUACUAGAUAUCUAAGAUCUUGUUCAUACCAUUACCUUAUGCAUAAAAGAAAAAAUGCGAGGAAAAAAAAGAACCCUCACAUUUCCCUAAAUUAUAUUCCAUUUGUUUUUCUGAGAUUUUGAUGUCUGAUUUUGUAUCUUAAUUUACAUGUGAGUGUUUUUGGAUGACGCAAA